AUGGCAAGCAAAAGGCGGGAAAUUCAACUUUCGUGUGUGCUCAUCGAACCGAAGUCUGAUAAAUCUGCUGAUCUUAAUGUGUGGGGUAUACAUUCCUGCCCUGGCCCAUCGCCAAUGGCUCAAUGUUUAUCGUGUCCAGCGUGCUUAAGAAAGAUAGGAAACAACCAGUCAAGAAUGAAAUGUAUAUCGUGUGAAAUGUUUUUUCACCUGAAAUGUUUUGGAGAAGAAGCCGAUCGAGUACGUACUUGCAAACUCUGUCAAACGCCGGUUCUUGAUUCCACAGACCCUAGGAUUGAUAACUGCAGUAUACUGAACGAACUGAAGGAUAUUGUUGAGUCCCGUGGAAUUAAGUUAAUACAUCAAAAUAUUUGCAGUCUCCUGAGGAAAAUGGACGAACUAAGACUAAUGAUAUCAGAAUUGAAAUCUGGUAUUCAUAUCUUAACCCUAUCGGAGACAUGGCUCGCAGAAAACAUCUCGGACGCAGAAAUUGAGAUCGCAGGGUAUCGAACAUUUUCGGAAGGACAGAUGUUCUAAAGCGGGCGGAAUUGUGGCAUAUGUAAGAAAUGAUCUGGCAGUGGUGAGAAGGACGGACUUGGAAACUGUUGAUGUCGAAGGUUUAUGGCUUGAGAUAAGUUUGUCUAAGUCUCAUGGCUUUCUCGUUGGGGUGUUCUACAGGCCGCCUGACUCUUCAGAUUAUCACGAUUGUGAGUUUAUGCCUAAGUUUGAUGCAAUGUUGGAUCUGGCGAUCGAACAAGGUAGGGAAGUAAUCAUAACUGGUGAUUUCAACUGUGAUUUCCUCCCAGUCAAGGCAACUACAUCGUAUUGUAAACAACUUAAAUCUAUCCUAAGAGUACAAUAUUUCUCCCAAUUAAUCAACACUGCUACACGUAUAACAAAAAUUCCUAAAACUUUAUUAGAUCUUAUUACAUACAUGACAAAAUUACUGCAAUCUGAUUGGUUAAGAGGAGUGCAAUUAUUUCAUUAAUUGCACUCUCCAGGAGUGCAAUUAAUGAUUUUCGUGAUGGCUGGGGGGAGCGGGAAAUCAAAACAACAAAAUCCAAUAUGGCAGCGAAAUUUAGAUAAGUAUUUCUAACAAAUGUGGACGAAUUUAACUGAAUUUUGGCACAAGAAUGAGUUUAAGAAGCAUUGUAUGGCAAAAAGAUCCUGUGGAAAAUACCUAGAAACAGUCUUAAGUAAUAAUCUUGGCGGGAUGCAACGAAACGUGACUAUGUAAGUUUGAAAUACAAUUUAUAAAGAUUUUCUUAGUCUAAAAUAUGUUGUUUGAGUUUGAAUCUUGUGUUCUAGUUUAAAUUAUGUGCCUUUAUGAGUUUAUAAUCAUUUCCCAAGUUUGUUUAUACCAAAUUGCUUACAAAAGAAUUAAAAACUCUUGACAAAAUGCAGUUGAAAUAUAAAGAAAGCGAUUUUGUCAUGUAUAUAAUAAAUAAAUAAUCACACGGGAAGUCGUGCAAUUAAUGAUUAACACUACUCGUGAUAUUUGAAAAAUGUGCCAGAUUGCACUCGCCUCGGCGGCUCUUGCAAUUUUGGCACAUUUUUCAAAUAUCACUCGUAGUGUUAAUCAUUAAUUGCACUCCUUCCCGUGUGAUUACCUAUACUUAUUGCUACAAACUUCCCACAAAACAUAAGCCGCUCUGGUGUAGUGUGUACCGGUUUGAGUGAUCAUGAGAUGGUUUACUGCACUAGAAAAAUUAACUGGAAGAGGUCACCAGAAAGGAUUAGAACAGUAAGAAAUUAUGCAAAGUAUGAUGCGGCAAAGUUUUGCGAGGAUUGUGUCAAUGUCUUAAACAAUACCCUAGAUACAUCAUGCUUAUCCGUUAAUGAACUUUGGUUACGGUUCAAGUCACUCUUUACUGAAAUAGCUGAUAGGCAUGCACCGUUAAUGAAUAAGAAAGUAAGGUCUAAUCACCCUUGUGCAUGGAUAAACAGCGAGAUUAGGAAAGAAAUCAGACAGCGUGACCAUGAAUUAAAAAAGGCUAGGAAAUCUAAUUCAAAUGGAGAUUGGGCAACAUAUACCGUAGGACUAGAAAUAAAGUAACAAGCAGAAUCCACUCAGCGAAAGAAAAAUAUCAUAGGAAUCUUAUUUAUGACAAUAGUCAUAAUCCACGAUCGUUUUGGAAAACUAUGAAAAAGGUCUUUCCUGUAGAGAGUAAACAUGUGGCGACUAAUGUAUUGAUUGAUGGGAAACUGAGUAAAGAUAAACAACAAAUUUCUAAUGAAACAGUAUCGCGGUUGCACCAAUCCUUUAGUAAUCUUUGUAACAACAUCGGAAAUAUUACAUCGCAGUGUUUUUUCAAUCGUUUAAAUUAAACAGUGGUUUUGUAUUUAAAUUCGAGGAAGUGAAAGAGCAGUUUAUUCUAAAUAAUUUGCAUAAAAUUGAUGUUAAGAAAGCAGCUGGAUUAGAUAAUAUACCACCACGACUUCUGAAAGACUCUGCUAAUGUUAUUGCCAGACCACUCACAAAGAUCAUUAACGUAUCCCUCGAACAAGGAACAGUGCCUGAUGAUUUCAAACUUGCUAAGGUAAUUCCUGUUUUUAAGAAAGGACAACCCGAAAAUAUGGACAACUACAGACCGAUCUCAGUUCUUCCCACAGUGUCUAAGCUAUUAGAGAAGCAGUCCAUGAGCAGUUGUAUAGAUUUUUAA